AUGUCUGCUUUGAAAUUAGCUCUUCCAGAAAUCCCUCAGCAACCAGAAUUGGUCCCAGUGCUCACUUUCAACUUGAAGUUGGCAUCGGACCCUGUGCACAUCUACACCAAUUCCCAAAUCGACAAAACUUUGCAAUUGGCAACCCUUGUAGCCGGUGAAAUCAAAACAGUUGAAAACAAGUUUAACUACAAAUUGGAUAUUCUGGACAUCCACGGAACCGAUGACUUAAAUGUCAAGGACUCGGUUGCUACAGCUUCAUUGGACUGUAAGUUGUAUGGAAAAACACCUAAUGGAACAGGUGUGUUUGUAUACUAUGGCGGAAGAGUUCAAUUGAAUAGUGCAUCUGUUGAUGUACUCAGCAACAAAACUAAAGCUGCUUCAAUUGAGGAUAGCUAUGUUACUUGUAACCCAACUUUCUUUUUCGAUGACAAAGUUGAGGAAGAGUACAAAUGGGUCUUGAAGGAAAACUUGAUUGGUAAAGGUAGAUUUGGAAGAGACGAAGAUGGCACUUUGUAUGUUCAAUACUACAUCUAUGUCAUCCGUUAA